AGAGUCGUCUCUCCAUAUACAUCAUGAACAAGACCUUCACCAUUUCGGCCGUGGCUGCUACCGCGCUUGUAGGCUAUGCUGUGUGGUUCGACUACCAACGCCGACACUCGGCUGACUUCAGAAAGAACCUCAAGAAGAAAGCAGUCUCCCAGAAAAAGAAGUCGGAAAAAGCCGAGGCUGAAACAAAGAAAAACAAGAUAGAAUUGCUCAAGAAAGCCUUGACCGAAGACUUGGCUGCCAAUCCAGUUCCUACCGACUUGAGUGAAAAGGAGUCUUUCUUCAUGCAGCAGGUGGCUUUAGGUGAACAGUUGGCUACUAAGGAAGAAACCAAGAUCGACGCUGCCAUCUGCUUCUACAAGGCUUUGGCUGUCUACCCCAACCCAACCGACAUCUUGGGAAUCUACCAGAGAUCGGUUCCUGAAGAUGUUUACGAACUUGUGGUCAUGAUGGUGGCUUUCAAGCCUCCUCAGUCUGUAGCUAACAUCGUAGGAGAUGCCCCAGACACCAAGCCUAGAGAGGAUGAUUUAGAUUAGAUAAAGACUGCUCUGCACACGAAAGAACCGAACCUGCUGGAAAAGAUCCAUGGAUUGAUCUUCGUAUAGUGUACAACUUGUUGCUGAUCUAAAUCAUCUACAAGUCUUGCUAUAAUAGGAUUAAUUUCGAUUUAAUUUCGAUAUUACGAUAGACUGGAACGACUACGCAUCCGUUUUCAGUUUUCUAUUCUCGAUUUUAUACAGAUCGAUAUCGUCCCAAAUUUCGGACGAUAUUGUUCGUUUGUCUAUUUGGGCAGGUCAAUUCGUCAUCUAUUCCGCUACAUAUUUGUCUGCUGCUUUCGUCUAAGCCAUUUUUAUUCUGUCAUCACACAUCUAUUUAUCACCACCACCAUUGUACAUACUUUCUCUUUAAGAGCAAUACAAGAACUCAUGGAUUCGUUUUGUGUACAGUAGCACAUGUUCAAUUCACAAUUC